AUGAUGAACAAGCCUCCAGCACAAGGAAGGGUGUAUGCUGUCACUCGACGGCAGGUAGAGAACUCACCAGACGUGGUCACAGGUAUGGUCUCAUUGAACGACCAUGUUGCUUAUGCUUUAUUUGACCCUGAAGCCACGCAUUCAUUUAUUGCUGAGCAAUACGUGGUCAUAGAUUUGAUUAUCUUAGCCAUGUUGGAUCAAUUCGUGAUAGUGUUCAUCAACGACAUCCGGGUGUACUCAAGAAGUCCUGAGAAGCACGAAAGGCAUUUAAGGACAGUGCUUCAGACUCUGCGAGAUCAUGGACUGAACGCUAAUUUUACUAAGUGCGAGUUUUGGCUAAGUUGUGUAGCUUUCCUAGGUCACGUGAUUUCUGGUGAAGGGAUUUCCAUGGACUCGACUAAGAUCGAAGCAAUGAUUAACUGGCUGAGACCAAUGAGAGUGACAGAGAUCAGAAGUUUCUUGGGAUUAGCCGGUUAUUAUAGACGAUUCGUGGAAGGAUUUUCAGCAAUAGCCAUGCCUCUAACUCGACUACUAAAGAAGGAAGAAAAGUUCAUAUGGACAGAUAAGUGCAAGCGUAGUUUUUAA